UCAGACUUUUUCACUAUAUCACACACACACUCUCUCUCUUUCUCGAUUCAAUUUUUCAUUUUCAUUUCGAUUGUCUCUCACACACAACACCGAAACCGCCUUUUUCAAAGGUUAUAGGGUCUUUCUCUUCUCUGUUUUGAUUUUUUAGGGUUUCGUAGAAGCUCCAUUAGAAUGUUCCAGAACUCUCUCUAAUCUCUAUAUGAGACUUCUCUUCACAACACUGGCUUAAUUUUUUCUUUCCCUUUUCAAAGAUUGAAGGUGCUGAUUUAUACUCACAAUUAACAAGCCUACAUUUUGAAUUUUUAACCAUUCAAAGACAUGUUUAACGAAGGCGCUCCUGAGUUUGUUGUUGAUCAGAGCAUGUAUUACCCUGCUCCCACCAAUUACGGGUUUUAUUGUACAGGAUUUGAAUCACCUGGUGAAUGGGAGGACCACCAUAGAAUUUUUGGUGUAGAUGGUCCUGAUAUUCAGUACACGGGUGCACAAGAUGAAAGUUUUCCUUAUGUAUAUUACACACCUAACUAUGGAUUUGCACAGUCCCCAUACAAUCCAUACAAUCCUUAUAUUCCAGGUGCUAUGAUUGGAGUUGAUGGUUCAUUUGGAGGAGAACAGCAGUAUUACUCCCUCCCCAAUUAUCAAAACCCCAUUUCUUCGCCAACUUACAUUCCUCUUGUUCAACCAGACAAUUUUCAUCAUAGUUCUGUUGACUCAUUAUAUGAUAACAGUGCUUCUGUCAAUAGACUUGAUGGAAGAGGUUCGAAACAUAAGUUCAAUUCAGCUUCUGCUGCUUUUACUAGGAACUCUUCAAAACCAUCAUCAAAUCAGACAAGUUCCUUCCUCAGGGUACCCGAGGGGCCAAGAGCUAAUGCUUUGGCAAAGAAAGAUUCGACAAAUGGAAGUGUUCCUAACAGUGGUUUUCUUAAUUUUGCUUCAUCACCUUCCCAUCUGGCUAGAAGCGCUGAUGUCUCGUUCCAGUCUGUAGAUACUUUUUCCAAUGGAAAUGUUUUGCCCCAUCGUAAUCAAUUCAAAGUAGCUGCCCCGUUGAGUAACGGGUUUUCUGACUAUGGAUCUAAUGCUAAUGGGCAGUCUGCAAUUGCUAAACUUCGACCAAAGGUUCAUGUUGCUCCCAUUGAUGUAAAUAGAAGCGGUGUAUUAUUGGGUGAGCAAAAUCGGGGCCCUAGAAUUAGUAGGCCAAAACAUCAUCUGCCUAUCAAAGCCUAUACAGCCAAGUCAGGAGAUGCUAACACACAAGAGAACAUCAUUUAUACUGAUCAAUAUAACAGGGAGGACUUCCCUAUUGACAAUGAAAUUGCUAAGUUUUUUGUUAUAAAAUCCUACAGUGAGGAUGACGUUCACAAAAGCAUUAAAUAUAACGUGUGGUCAUCAACACCUCAUGGAAACAAGAAACUGCAGAGUGCUUAUGAAGAUGCUAGGAGAAAAGCUACUGGAAAAUCUGGAGGCUGUCCUAUAUUUCUUUUCUUUUCGGUUAAUGCCAGCGGUCAAUUUUGUGGAGUUGCUGAGAUGGUUGGUCCUGUUGACUUCAAUAAGGAUAUGGACUUCUGGCAGCAAGAUAAAUGGAGUGGGAGCUUCCCUGUAAAGUGGCACAUCAUAAAAGAUGUACCAAAUGGAAAUUUUAGGCACAUAAUACUAGAGAACAAUGAGUUCAAGCCUGUAACCAACAGCCGAGACACACAAGAGAUAAUGUAUAGAAAGGGUCUGGAAAUGCUGAAGAUAUUCAAAAAUUAUACUUUGAAGACAUCUUUGCUUGAUGACUUUAUUUACUAUGAAAACCGACAGAAGGUCAUGCAGGAGGAGAAAACUAAGUUCCUAAUGAAGGGUUUUGUAAGUAUACCAGUGUUGGCGCCACCUCGAAAGCUGGAUAAUGUUUUUGAAAUUCAUCCUGCAAGUGAUGAGAAAAAUUCAAAGACAGAUGAACUUGGUAGCGUAAAACAUACUUCAGUUUCAACUGCGGCACAUAAUGUUAAUAGUUCUGAUGUCACCAGCACUACAUCUGUGGAUGAAAAGGUUGAGAAUGAUGCGGUUGACAAGCAAGAUAUUUCUUCUGUUCUGAAGAUUGGUUCAGUCACCAUUACCCCAAGACAGGUAGAGACGAAACCAUCCAACACAGAACCAAUUGAUGUUGUCACAGUCGGAUCAAUGCAAGUCAGAGUUAAUGGAUUUUCUGAGUCUUCUGGUGUUUUAAAGGUUGGGAGUAUUCCACUUGAUCCAAGAUCUCUACAGGCAGGCAAAGGAACCACUUACAUCAAAACUUGACCUCAUCCUUAAGUUUUGCUGGGGAUGUCUAGGCACAGUUACAGUCUUGAUUGAAAGAUGGAUUAAUAUAUGCCUGAUUGCAUCACAAUUGGGAAGUUGGGUUUCUUUUCUAUAUUCGUUUAUUGCUUUCACUUGAUUGAUACAAGGCUAAACCGUUGGAUGGAUCUUUCUAGCGAUUUUGAUAUUGAAAGCUUUAUAUGACUUAUUGUACCGCUUCUAUAUUACGUCUGCCAGCGAACAAUUUGCGAGGUUGUUUUCUUGCAGAUUUCAUCUAUUAUGUUGUCAAACUCAAACUUCCGCUCCCUUUGUUGUGUAUUUCUUUCUAUUCUGUUAUGUUCUGUUGUGACUUGUCAUGUGUCUUUAGUUUCAUGUGAUUUAAAAUGAAGAAAUGUAACUGGAUCAAUGAAUGGAUCAAUGAAUGCGAUGCUUUAAGAUUAUGGUAGUGAA